AUGGUCCCCACGGCUGGGCCUCGGGGGGCUGGCGCCGGUGUCCCGGCCUGGGCAGAAGUUGGCCGGGCUGCGGGAGGGGGCGGGGCGGGGACUCAGGUCGUGGUCCGGGUUAGGGUCGCGGCGGGAACGGAGGCGGAGGCGGCAGAGGCUGCGGCGGAGCCCGAAGCAACGGCGGCUGUGGCGGCGACGAAGCGCGCCCCGGCUGCGGCCGGAUCGAAAGCAGGCGCGGGGCCGGGUGCGGAGGCGCGGAGGAGGGGCGGCGCGGGGGCGGGGGCGGGGGCGGCCGGGGACAGAGCGGUAGCCACCUCGCGCUGGUCCUCUCCCUCGCGGCUUGGGAGGCCGCGCCCGCUGUGCGGGCCCGGGGCCCGGCAGCAGGGCUCUCGGGGACAGCCGGGGCGGGAUGCAGCUCAGCUUCAGCUGCUGAGCUGGAGCAGGCGGCGAGUUCCUAUGGCAACGGUUGCGUCACUGGCCCUCGCCCCGCCCCCCCAUCCCCGCAUGGACCACGCGGCCCGCGCGGGGUGCGUGUCUUAG